GGUUCAAACGGUUCAACGUCAGAGAGCAAUAGCGAGCGGGUGGCGGCGUGAAUAGAGAAGGAAAACCUUAUUCAAAAGUGUUUUUCAGGUGACCCCAUGGCUUCGGAUGACAUUGCCCAGCUGGCCGAAUCUCUGGCCAGGACCCAGGUGGGAGAUGGUGAGCUGAGUUACAAAGGCCAAGGGCUCAAGCUGGAUACUGCCCAGUCUGCGCAAGAGCUGGUGCAAGACAUCAAGGAGUUCCAAGGGCUGAGGGCCCUGAGGCUGGAGGGGAAUACAGUUGGGGUGGAGGCAGCGCAUGCCAUUGCUGGGGCCCUUGAGACCAAGAACCAGCUGCAGUGCUGCUACUGGAGUGACAUGUUUACUGGUCGCCUGCGGUCCGAGAUCCCAGCAGCUUUGAUGUCCCUGGGUACUGCCUUGAUGACAGCAGGGGCCCGGCUGGUAGAACUGGAUUUAAGUGACAACGCCUUUGGACCUGACGGUGUGAGGGGUAUUGAGGCUCUUCUCAAGAGCACAGCAUGUCACACCCUGCGGGAACUGAGGUUGAACAAUUGCGGCAUGGGCAUCGGAGGGGGCAAAAUCCUUGCUGCAGCCCUGACUGAGUGCCACAGACAAUCCAAGCUGGUAGGAUCACUCUUCCAGCUGAAGGUUUUUGUUGCUGGCCGGAAUCGACUGGAGAAUGAGGGGGCCACGGCCUUGGCUCAGGCUUUCAAGAUCAUUGGCACUUUAGAAGAGAUCCACAUGCCUCAGAAUGGAAUUAACCAUCCUGGGGUGUCGGCAUUGGCCAGUGCCAUGCGGCACAACCCCCAACUGCGUGUCCUCAACCUCAACGACAACACGUUUACCAAAAAAGGUGCCAUAGCCAUGGCCCAGGCCCUAAAGCAUUUGCGCAACGUUCAGGUGAUAAACUUUGGCGACUGCUUGGUGCGCUCCCAGGGGGCUGUGGCUAUUGCUGGGGCCUUGAGGGAGGGGCUGCCCAUCCUCAAGGAGCUGAACCUGUCAUUUGGAGAGAUAACAGAAGAUGCGGCUCUAGUGGUGGCUCGUGCAGUACAGGACAAGGCCCAGCUGGAGAAACUUGACCUCAAUGGUAACUGUCUGGGUGAGGAUGGCUGCAUAGCUCUGAAAGAGGCCAUGGAAACCAUGAACAUGGGUGACAUGCUGGGCUCUCUCAGUGAUGAUGAGGGGGAGGACGACAGUGGUGAUUCAGAGGAGGACGACAGUGGUGAUUCAGAGGAGGAAGAGACGGGAGAACCAGAUGAGACAGAGGAGAAUGGGGUUCCCAGCCCCCCUUCAUCUCCUCGAACCCUUGAUAUGGCUUCCUUCUUCAGCGCUCCAUCCCCUGACAGAUUGCUCAACCUUGGGGCCAAGAGGACACAGCUUAUUGAACAGCAGGUGGACGUGUCAGACACCAGCAAGACCGCUGUGGCCUUUCUAAAGAUCUCAUCCGUGUACCAGGAGGAGCCAGAGGUCAGGAGGGCUGUGCUGGAGAGCAUUGAUGCCUUGCUGAAGAAUGCCUUUGCCAGUUCCUCCUUUGAGACCUAUAGCUUCAUUUCCACUCUGAUGGUGAUGUUGGGCCUCCACAAGAUUGAGGAUGGCACGAAGAGCGUUCCCGUGGUCCCAGGUCAUCUGGUAGCCCUCGAGCAUGCGGUGCGACAGGAUUACUUUCCCCAAGAGCACAUGAGCAUGUUAGAGGCCCUUGUGUCCAGGCACAGCCAGGCCUUUGAAUCCUGUGCCAGCGCUCGAAACAACCUACACACCACCCUGCAAAGACGGAUCAGUCAACAAUAAUGGGCUCAGGUUUUGGGACUGCUGGCACUCCCAGCACACCAAGGCUCCAAUAUGCCUUCCAGGGUAUCGACUUCUCAGGACAGACGGACACACAGGCCACCUUACUGCAUCGUAUGUACACAGUGACCCAUACUGGCUGCAUCUUGAUGAACUUCGCUGCUGGGAACAGACAACAAGAGGUCACCAGACUGUAUUGAGAUCCCCACGGGAAAUAAGGGACAGAACAGACUCCGUGUCUUAAAACCAGAGUGGUUACUCAUUUGUAUCUUUCUUCUUCUGUGUGUUUUUAAAUAAUAUGUAUACAUGAUGUUGUAAAGGUGUAAACUGUACAGAAUAUGUAAGAGCAGAAUAGGCAGCUGUAGAAGUGAGGCUACCACAUUGCACAGGAUCUUCCUGCACCAUUUUCUCCACUGUUACUACACAGGCUAUGAUUGGCAAUGUCUUAGCAAAGUGUUCUUGGAAAAACAAGAAAUGACCAAUGUAUUUAGGAAUAGCACAUUCGGGCUUUGGUGGAUGUCUUGGUUUUGUAUAGAGGAAAAAUGAUGGUCUGCUGUAGAUCAUGUGACACCUCAGGAUAUAAAGGGAACAUGAGGUUAUGUAAGUUAGUUUGGUGUUUAUGUACACUGGUUCUCGCUGUAGAUGUUUGUGUUCAUGUUGUUGACCUACUGAAUUGAUCUAAAACAAUUGUUUGUAGCUGUAGCGAAUUUUGAUGACUG